GGCGUGUGGCGGAAGUGGUAUGAUGUCAUAUCCGGGUCUCUCUCGCUGCGUUCUAUCGUUGGGCCCCGCGACAAGAUGGCGGACCUCUCUCUGGACGAGCUCAUACGGAAACGCGGUGUGACAGUGAAAGGGAGACUUAACACAAGGCCGGUGUUUGGAGGUGUAAGAUCUCGCAUUGGGAUCCAGCAAAAUCUUCUAAGUAGAUCAUCACCAGCUGUCAGCUUCCAGCGGACAUUUGAUGCCCGACAGAAGAUAGGACUCACUGAUGCCCGACACAAACUGGGGGUUAAAGAUGCUCGUGAAAAACUGGUUCAAAAGGACGCUCGGUUCAAAAUCAAAGGGAAGGUGCAGGAUGCUCGAGAGAUGUUGAAUUCCCGUAAGCAGCAAAGUGUUGCUGCUGAAAAGGUGACCAAAGUGGUGGAUGCCAGAGAGAAGAUCAGCUUAAAACGGAGCACUCCAGCUGCUAUUAGCCCAACUGUGGGGACAGUAAAUCCAGCUGUGAAAAUCACCAAAACUAUCCAACAGAAGGCUCCAGUUCCUGGACAUUCUCAUCCAGCAGGAAUGAGGAUCAAUGUGGUGAACAACCAUACACACAAACAGGGUCUGUAUGACAUGGAAGAUGAUGAUGAAAGUGUCUCUCCCCUUACUAGCAAACAGAUGAAAAUCACCACCACAAACAGUUUCCUGCACAACGCGACUGGGCUGAGUGGCAAUAAAUUUUCUCUGUCCAAGACUGUUCCCCUGACUAAAGUCGUCCAGAAUGAUACAUACACAGCUCCACCUGCACCUCCCUCUCCUAUGCGGACGAAGGCCUUGACAAACAUGUCCCGGACCUUAGUGACAAAGGAGGAGCCUCCAAAAGAACCAGCACCUGUUGAGCUGGCAUUCAGUCCUUUGGAAGGCACAAAGAUGACUGUAAACAAUCUGCAUCCUCGAGUCACAGAGGAAGACAUUGUUGAGUUAUUCUGUGUGUGUGGCGCUCUGAAGCGAGCCCGGCUGGUGCACCCUGGAGUUGCUGAGGUAGUAUUUGUGAAGAAAGAUGAUGCUAUCACAGCGUAUAAGAAAUACAACAACAGGUGCUUAGAUGGUCAACCAAUGAAAUGCAAUCUCCAUAUGAAUGGGAAUGUCAUCACCUCAGACCAGCCUAUAUUGCUCCGAUUGAGUGAUACCCCUUCAGUGAAGAAAGAAGGGGAACCACGCCGGUCAAGUGCAAGCGCCUCAUCAAAUCCCCCAGCUGAAGUGGACCCUGACACUAUCUUGAAGGCCCUCUUCAAAUCUUCAGGGGUCUCUGCCUCCGUGCAGCCCACAGAAUUCAAAAUUAAACUCUGAGAAGGGAGAGCAAGCUGUGGACUGGAAAACUCAUUAAGUUGGAGAAUGAGAAAAGGGCGGGAAUGCAGAUGUUUGCAUUUGCCUGCCUUGAAAUUUUUUGUUUUCUAUGAUCACUAACUUACUGUACAAUAGUGUUUCCUCUUGUGUGUGUACUUUCUGUUUCCAUAGUUGGAGUUUUCUUCCAUGAUUUUUUUCUGAAAGAAUAACCUCCCCCUUCUGCCAGUUAUGUAUUACCAAGCAUAUACCAUGUAACUCCCUUGUUUACUCCAAAUCCCCUAGUGGCCAUUAAAAGUGCACAUAGACUUUGAGGGAAGGAGUGGUGAUCUCCUUCUCUUUUCUUCUGACUGACCUUUAACUAAAAGGUACAUCCCCUUGAUUAUCAACAGGCAAGAACACCAUAGUGUUUCUGAAAUUGCUGUGCUGGGUACAAAAUCAGGUUAUGGCUCCAUACAGGAAGCACCAUUUUGCAUCUUUGUUUCGUAUGCAUUCAGUGGCAUACUACUUCAUUCUGGCUGUUGGAUGUUGUUCUGCUUUAUGAGCUGUAACAUUGAGAAGAGUGAGAAAUUGAGCUUCCCACUGUGUAUACCAGCCAGCAGAAGCAUCAGGCAGAAAAGACAUAUGCAGAAGUGCACCACCCAUUGUGCUACAGGAGGGAUGCUUCAGCUCUGGUAAUGCAGAGAGGGGGGGUGUGGGGGGGGAAGCUCUGUCAUUUGUAUGAUGAAUGUAUUGGUCCUGAAGGGUCAGGCUCAGUUGCUCUCCUUUCUGGUCUGAAAAAUGAGAACCAGUGUUGGGUUCAGAGCCAGAGGAAAUCCAGCUGUUUCACUCCUGUUAGACUAUUGCAUCCUCCUGUUGAUGCAGGGACAUUUAUCUUUUUAUCCUAACUUACACAGUGUCCUAUAAAAAGGAAGGAGCUGGGGCUUUUUGUCAGAUACUAAUACAUAGGAAGCAGCUAUUUCUUGUGCCUGAGAGCUCGUUUGGGCAAUGUUUGGCUGCUGCGCGGGCAUGCUGCUUGCAUGCAGGGAUCUGGAGGAUGAUUGCUGCACUUCCUGCCUUCAGGGAGAAGAGAGCAGUUAGCACCCUGUGAAUGUUAAGCUCCAGUGCAGAGCAACAAGGAUGCACCUUGGGCCAGUGAGCAGCUGUGACGAGCCACAGGCCACUAGGUGGCACUUAUAACACUUCCUUUGUUAGUACAGCGUUAUUGACGUGGGUAUUUGAAGUCCCGGCAGCUCCAUUCGUUUGUAUUUGUUCAGAUUGUAUUACAAGAGAGGAAAGCUAAGAGCCACUUCCAGAAUCUGCUUGGGGUUUGAACUUGAUCUUUCUAGCUAGGAGACUAACCUAAUCCAUUUGUUCAGCUCUGCUGAACUUUAAUGAACUCUGUAACUGUUGUAGGUCCAGAUUCCAUUUCUUGGUUAACCCUGUUUCUUUUGCUUUCUUGUUCUGUAUUAAUUCUUUGCUCUGUCUAGCUCGUGCACGCCAUUCCUCUAUCUCACUGUAUCCCUUUUAGCUAUGGAAAUAACUGAGGACUUGGCAGGACUUGAUUUUCUGGAGUACUCCCUUCGGUUUGGAAGCCAAUGCCACCAUUAUUGGUAGGGUGUUUUAAUGUGAACAACAGAUGUUUGUACGGGAGGGGACCUAAGACAGCUAUUGUUCUCCUUUUUUAGAUCAUCCAUCAAACACCUGUGUUUUAUUAAAAAAAAAAUGGGGGAGGGGGCGCAAACAUUAGGGGUUGGAGAAGAUAAUGUAUUAUCUGUUUCUGAAUAAACGUUUGUUAUACAGAGUGGAUUGUAAGCCUUUGUAGAUGCUGUGAAGCAACUAAAGAUAGGUGGAGUUAUUCCAACAUUGAAGUGAGCAUACUUUUAGAAGAAUCUAGAAACUUCAGAACUGAUGGUGUGAUGAAGAGCAAGAGGAGUAUAUGGAUGAGAUAAUUGAUACUCCUAAACCUUUUAAUCUGAAUCUUUGAAAUUAGUAUCUGAUUUGUGCUGCUAUGUGGAAGCAACUUCUGUCCCCACCUAGUUCCAAUUCUGUUGUUACAGAAAAG